GGGUCGGGGUCGGGGUCCCUUUGUCGGCUGACGAUUUUAUUUUUCCAUCUGUUUUUGUUUCGUAAGCUUGCCUUUUUGCUGUCAUGUCCAAGCCUGAGCUUUUGGGUGUUGGCAGCUGUUUGAGUAGUACAUGUCUUGAAGAUCGCGACAAGCUGGAUCGUAUCUGGUCAAGCUCCCCCAACUCCCAAUCACCUAAUUCAUCACCUCAGCCCACCAGCCCACAUACUGCUGCAGCUGCAGCCUGGGCCAGGAGCACGGUCGUCACAUCUCCAGCACUGACACCAUCCCCACAGCGGAAGGGAGCAAACGACUCGACGUCGCUGUCUCAACUCCAUCAUCGGCUGCGCCCGUUAGCUGCGCCGCCCCAAGAAGCAAUAACCACCACCAACAACACCGCAGCGGCCGGCAGCGUCAUUGUUUUUAAACAAGACCAAUUUGACGCAAACCGCCAUGCGACAGCGCCCGGCACGUCUUUUUCCUCCGAAUUAGCGCCCGCACAGUCGCCGCCGCCGCCUGUGUCGAAUUCCAGAGCUACGGUUAUUUCUUCUCCAGAUCUCCAACUGUCGCCGCACGAGCAUCCCGCCAGACUAAAUUGCGACGAAAACGACUCGAGCGCAACCCGCCCAAAGCUUAAUCCCAAAUCGCCCGACUUAGACGUCGCCGCUGUGGCCCCUGCGCGCAACAUAGGCGAGCUAAAUAGCAACGGAUUACACACUGCGCCGUUGUCGCCUGUUAUCACGGGCGAUAAGCCGGGGCAUUUGGGAGACGCCGCCGGUAAUAACGACCUUGCAUUGGAGGGGGCCGCAACCGUGGCACCCAACGGUCGCGACAGGCCCGAGGAGGAGCCGGAGCGGAGCGAGGGUGAUGGUCAAGAGGCCACCACCGACUUUGCCGACGCGACCUGGGACGAAGACGGAGACGAUCACUUCACUCUCGUUACGCCUCAAUCCAUAGAGCUCAAACCAGCAAAGGGCCAAGUGCGCAUUGUCACGCCCCGGCGCGGAUCGGCCAACAACAUGAUUUUCGGCCACAAGCAGCAGGGUCAGCAAGACCACCAGCAGCAUCAGCAGCAGGGUCAGCAGCAGCAGCAAUACUUUUUACCGCAGCAAAAUCAGCAACAGCAACAACAAAACUUUCAGCAGUAUGGCCAGCCACAACAGUUUCUGCCUCAGGGGCAGGGACAAUUUGUCCAACUUACUCCCCAGCAACAGCAGAUGCUUCAGCAGCAAUUUCUUCAGCAACAAUAUCAGCUGCAGCAAUUGCAAAUGCAACAGAGGCAACAACAGCAGCAGCAGCCACAGCAACCACAGCAGCCGCAGCAAAACCCUAACCAAUACCAGAACCAACAGUUUCAACUGCAACCUCAAGAAGCAUAUCAGCAAGAGUACCCUGAUGAGAAUGUCGGUCGCCAAUCGUCAUUUGUAGGGUUGCCCCUGAUUCGUCGCACUUCCACAUUCAGCAAGUCGCUCAGUAAAUCAUCCGAUGAUUUCAAGGGUAUUGCUGGCGUCAGCCCGGACCCCGGUCCCGGGCCCGGUGCACGGUCGGAACAGGAGCUCUUCUCGCAAAUACCCAUCCCGCCGAUUCCUCAAGACCCUGAACCCGGUACAAGCACACAACUUAGUUAUACACAGACGCCCAUCCACAUGAGCAAGCCUAUUUUCCCGUUUACACCUGUUGCUCCUGCCGGUAACUUUGAGGUCAAAUCGCCCGUCGGCCAGCCAGGACGAUAUGUGGAACAUGGAUGGCAAGUCGACAGCCCGGUCGAGGCAAAGGCACCGCCCGGCAAGUCUUUUGGCGGCGUUCCACAACAGCAACCCAAAGCUCAGCCGCCCGCUCCCCAGCCCCAAACUCGGAAGGCUACCGUAGAGAGUGGGAAUACCUCUCCACCUGUCCGGAACCAGACGGGAUUUAGCCCACCAAUCCCAACGGGCAAUGGGAAGCACUUGCAUACGCCUCCCACAGGAGGACCUGGGUGGACGCUCCAGGAAACGAAGCCGAUGGAGCCGCUACGAGCCGUGCGCCCCCGCCAAUCCCAGCUCAACAUGGGCGACCAGUAUGCUCUCGACAAGGAAACAGGCGCAUCGAGUAGGGUAUCUUCUUCACCGCCAAGCUCCCCUGAAUAUCGUCGCGACGACGAAAAGGACUCUCCGGGUGGCUCUAGGAGCACGCCAGGAAGAAAAGCAAAAAGGAACACUGGCCUCCCAGCCACGGGACUGGGUGUAAGCCAACAGCAGCAACAGCAGCAACAGCAGCAGCGUUUCGAUGAGAUGUCUCCACUUGAGCCUCCAAAACCAAUAUUCGACCCCAACGGCAUUACGCGGACGCAAACAAACGAGUCGGUCGAGUCAAACGGGAGCUUGUUGGGAAAGCUUCGAAGCAGAUUCAACCAUGAAAAGGCAAUGACCAUGUCGGCGAACACGGCGGCUGGUAAUGCCCCCUCCGGCGGACGGCUGAGCGUAGAUCAAACCAGGAGGAAUGCGGACAAUGUGUCCCUUGCUCCCAGCUAUGACGGAACACCCGGUAAAAAGAAGAACCGUGGCUCCUGGCUGGGCUUGCGUGGCGAAAAGAAAGCUGGAGAUCAGACCGAGCUUGAUGGAGAAGCUUCAGGGGAGCAACUCGUGUCCUCGCCCGUGAAGUCAACAACUUUUGGGCGCAACGGUAACGGCCCGCAGUCGGCGCAAGCAGCACAAACGGGCCCCCAGCAACCUGGAGGACCAGCUGCUGGCGCCCCUGGGAGGCCAUCGACGUCAGAUGCACGUCCCAACGGAAUGCCAGUGACAGCUCCCCAAGGAGGCGCUGCACAGCCCGGCCAGAAGCAGAGCCUGUCAAACAAGCUGUCUGGACUCCUCAAUACUAUCACGGAUUCCAAGCCACCAAAGCAGCCACAGCAUCAACCUCCUAGCUCGUCGCAUGGCCUCAACCCAGUUAUGGAGGAACAAUCCGGGAACCAGAACCGAUUUGGACAAGGCCUGCGUCCUGUGACUGCCGGCGCACCAUUGAGCAGUGGUCAACAGCAGUCCAACAUGACGGGUUUGAACUCGGGACAGACACAGCCCGGCCAGCCGCAGUCAGGAGCACCUGUCCAGACUGAACUGUCUAAUAAGCAAGAGUCUAUGAAGCCUAGCCAGCAACCAGGCGCUCAGCCACGUAUAGGCCUCAGUGCCCAUCCCGCACUUGUUGGAACACAGGGACCUGCAACCAGACAACGCAGCGACACUGCGAACUCGAGACCUUUCACGUCAGCAUCCAACAUGCCCGCGCAGCAGACAUCGGAUGCUGAGUCUAUGAAUCUUGGACUGCCUCCUAGGACAAAAACAGGAGGUGCACCAUCUAUCGCAGAAUCUGAGCGUAGUGCCAAGAGGGUUUCUAGCACUUCGGCUUUCCUAAGUGGUCUCUUUGGCAUCAAGGCUGGCAAAGGCAAGGAAUCAAAGUCGCAGGCUGGUCAGAGCCAGAUGACUCCUCUCAAUCAGACAGGCAUGGGCGGCUCUGCUCCCCCUAACGGACCUCAGCCAGGCCAACCAGUUCCCAUCCAGCUUGGUCGUGGCAUGCCGGUUCCGGGUCAGCCAUUUUUGAUCCAACAACAGCCAGGGCAGCCCCCCAUUGUGGUGCAGCCUGGGCCUCCAGGGGCACCGCAGCCACAGCACACACAGCGCAUGGUCCUCGUCCCAGGCCCCGACGGUCGAUUGGUAAUGAUGCCUAUACCCCCGGGUAUGGAAAUUCAGAUGCGGCCACGUCCCGGCUUGCCCGGUCAGCAACCGUCCAUGACCCUGGUUCCUACACUGCAACCGCAGCAACAGGUAUCACACGGAGCCCCGGGUUCUUCACCUCCAGUACCUCAAGGCCCACCAGGGCAAAAGCCUACUCAAUGGCCGCUUGGUAGUGAUGGCUCGCCACAGCCUAAUCAGAGCCAGCAGGCAUCCACCAAUGCGACCCCGGCGCAUUCUCCUCCCAUGGCCGGGGCCAACGGUUCGCAGUGGCUGGCUUCUGGUGCUCAGGGUCAGGUUGCACCUGGCUCAAUGGCAGGCAAUGCUCAAAUACAACAGCAGUUCCAGCCUGUCCAGCAAGUUCCCAUCCGUGGCCAGUCUCCUGAUCAUCGUACACUGCCAUCCCAGAUGCUACCUCCAGGUGCCUCUGUCGAUCAAUCGGCAGCGUUGAAUCAACCCUUUGCAAAUGCAGCCGCAACUCAGCACACGGAACGCAAGCCCGCAGGAUUGCACCCGCAUGCCCAGAACCCAAACGACUUCGGAAACACGGAGCGCGCAGGCACACCGCCCAAGUCCAAGCACGACCGUCGUCGAUCGUCGGUCUCUUCUGCACAGCACAGCCCCCAGCUGGUUCCCCAUGGCUCGCCGCACGUCAGGCGGGUCUCGACGCCGUCCUUGUCGCUUGGACAGCACGGCAGUCCUGGUUUCCAGCCAGCAGGUGUUUCUAUGCAGAUGGGAGCGACUGCUGUACCCGGGACACAGAGCGCACAAGCGCCGGCGAGGACAACAACAUCGCCGCUGCCUAGCCCGGGACUCGCCAACCAGGCAAAACACCAUUCUACUUCUCCCCAGGCCAGUCCUGGUCUUGUGAGCCAAAUGGGUCAACUCAACCUGGGUCAAGGUCCGCCUCAGGGGAUACAGAUGCAAGGGCAAGCUCCUGGUCAAAUGACCCCGGGUCAACAGCCAGUGCAGGCGCAGCAGCCGCCUCAGCAACAACCUCAGGUCUUGCCAGAAGAAUCACCUGCGAUACCAUGGCAGACCUACAACAACCAGGCGCCAGCCCAGGGAGGACGCCGGGCUUCAAACACAUCGGGCGCACUGACGGAGCACCAGAGCAGCGCCUCAAGGUUCUUCAACAAGCUUGCCAACGUCGGCUCGGGUGGACCUCAGCAGCGACAGGAGCAAAAGGCCGACAAGAAGGCCGACAAGAAGAUGGAAAAGAAGGCGGAGAAGAAGAAGAGUGGCCUAGGGUUGUUCAAUAUGAAGUCGUCGAAGCAGGAGGAGCCGGUAGCUGCUCAGGCCCAGCCGGUGCGGCUUGGGCCGCCACCCGGUGGUCCACAGUAUGGCGACAAAGGCCCGCCGACCAUGUAUGGCCAGCCUAUCAACGGCCUGAACGGUGCAGCUCAGCAGCAGCCCCCUCCUGUUGGUGCUCCUGCCCACCAAAGCCAGGUGAACCAGCAACCUAUAGUUCAAGGCCAACAGCAAGGACAGCAGCAACUACAAGCACAGGGCCCACAGGGCGCUCAAGCUCAGGGUCACAAGCCUAUGGGUCAGCAGUCGCAGCUGCAACCUGGCGCCCCUACCUCACAGGCCCAGGGUUCUGGUAUCCCCAACACUGCUGGAUUUACCCAAUCACCACCGCUGCCAGGGGCUCCAUUCUACUCUCCAGGAGCCGUGCCUGAGCCGUUGUUCAAGACCAAUCGUAAAGCGACGCAGCCGCAACAAGACACUUCUUCCAGUCAGCCCAAGCAGAACGCCGCGACCCAGCCGCAAAGCAAUGAGCCCACAUACGCACCCGUUGGAAUCCCUGCUGGGUACGCGACUGUUCGCAGUGAAGGGAGAAUGUUGCAGCACGGUGGUUCGCCUUACCUUAUCUCGCAUGGCUCGUUCCCGGACCAGUAUGUUGGCCAUCCGGCUUUCCAGAGCCCUCAAAACACACCCCCUCAGCAGCAACAACAGCAGCAGUGGAGCAACUCUUCGACUCCGCCGCUUGGGCAACAGCAACAGCAGCCUCAGCCUCAGCAAUAUCAGCAACCUGGUAACUACCAGAUGGGUGCACAUGGUAUGCAGGGGCAAGGCUUCAACACGAUGCAGGGUCCUGGGUACAUGGGCAUACAGAGUCAGGAACAACAGUUUAUAAACCAACAACAACUGCAACAGCUGGCGCAACAGCAGAUGCAACAGCAUCAGGGGCAGCAGCAUCAGUACCCACCCCCAAUGAGUUCUGGAUUUAACCAAGGGGUUGGGCAACCUCAGCAGCUAGUAAUGCAACAGCCGCAGCCGCAGCACUUUAAUGUUCAGCAAGGCGUCCCUGGUCAGCAAGGUCAGCAGCAGUACCUGGGCCAGACUCCACCAAUCUCGGGAGGAAAUUUCGUAAACAUGGGGAAUUUUGUCGGGUCAACACCCCCAACUCAGGGUGGGCAGUUCAGUCCACCUCAACCUGGGUCUCAACAAGGGUCCCAGCAUGGCUCGCCCGCUCCAGGAACAGCGCCUUUCCAGGCCCCCCAGCAGCAAUACAUGCAGCAGCACCAGCAGCAGCAACAACAGCAUCAAUACCCGCAGCAGCAUAGCCACACGCCGAGUCCAUCACCUAGCCCGGCACCCAAUAUGGUAUACCAAGGCGCUUUGCAAGCUGUCGGUCAGCCUGGAUCUGGACGGCCGACUCCUUCCCAAUCGCCCGACCCGGCUCAACCUCAGACCACCUCACCACCUCUGCCUCACAUCAUGCAUCCGGGAUCUCCUCACAGCUACCCGCUACCUGAGUCUGCUCGUGCCACGACCUUCUCUCCCGUCAAUCCUGCGGCUGGAGCUAUGCCUAACCCACCUCUGCCUCAACGCAGCCAGAUGGGAAUGAUACCAGAAGGGGCUGCCCAGCAACAGCCUCAGCUGCAUCAACAGCAGUCAAUGCAGCACCUCAAUGACGUCGAGCUCCAGCGUCAGAACAGCAUGAUUAGCCAGGUGUCGUCGGUCCACCCUGUUGGAGGUUUUGCGUCCGCAAACGAGGUGUCCCGCAUGACGAGCGGCGCAGGAAGCAGUGAAGGCAGCAGCGGUGGUCAGACGGCGGGCCCAGUCGUUUCUUCGGCCGAGACAUCGCCUGUUCCGGAACAGCACUCUAAAAUGGCCAGCAUCAACUCACAACAGACCAACCAGCGCUACGCGCAGGGCCAAUUUGAAAACAUUUACGACACCUCGCCGCGUCUGCAGUCCAACACGCAUUCUUCUCCUCCGCCCAUGGUAACGGCAUCUCCGCCACCCCCAAUGCCUGUGACGUCUCAGGCAGCCUCUCCGCCGCCUCAUGCUGUAUACUCGCCGCCAGUGUCACAAGCCGUCUAUCCACCGAUUCCUCAGCCUGUUGGUCCGCCGGUGCGUUCCACCGAUCAGCAGGUACAACAGCAGGAUCAGCUGCGGGCGCAGAGCGCCUCUCCGCCUUCGCAAAGCAGCAAUGCAGCUCCCGCCGCUGCUGCUGCUGCCGCGGUUGGCCCUAGUGUCGCAGUGAUACAUUCACACUCGCCCGAACCGCCGUCGCCGACAGACGAGGAGAUUAGGAAAGUCGGAGGGACGACGACUGGUCACCUGACCGUCGAUGGUGGCUCCGAGGAAAACGGGGCUGGUGGCAGCAACGGCGAGCUGGGACGCAAGCCGACUAUCCGGGCGACUUCGGCAGAGCAGUACGAGGAGGCCAAGCGAAAGAUGCUUCUCCGAGACCUGGAGGAGAAGAUCCCCGUCUUCAUCCAGGAUGAUCCUCCGCCAAUCAAGAAGGAGGAAGAGGCCACUGUGCCCAAGAUGAGCGCCACCAGCUAUCCGGGCCAAGAGUGGAAUCCAUAUGGCGAUGGGUUUGAGACAUGGGAGGAUUAAGGGACGAAGGCGGAAUUUUGAUGACAUUGCAUACAACGUCCAAUCAUGCUUCAUCUUAGGUCUUUUUGGGGAAAAACAUGAUUCUUUUCUUUUUGUUUUGGAAAAAGAAAAUAGUGAUCAUGGGAAUGACUUACAUGUUGUUUCCAUUAGCUUCCUCAUCUUUACUAAGCAUGUUUCACUCCCUUUUUUUCUUUUUCUUUUUUUUUCCCUCUAAUGUAUAUUUAAAUGUUAAAACAACUCUUUUCUUGUCUCCAUCACUUUGUCAACUUGAAUAUUUCGAGGGUAUAUAAUGCAUAAUGAUUCUCAUCAUUGUCAACUUGUUGCUGGGGUAUGGUCAAGACCAGAGCCACAUCCUUCAGGUCAAAGCAGUUCCUAGGAAACAGAUG